GCCUAUGCACAAAGCAAGGUCUUCAGAGAACCUAGAGACCAAGGCUCAGAGUCACCCACCUCAGCCAGCCCAGCAGCAUCUGCAACAUCCCCAAUGGCCUCGCCCUUUUCAGUACUGAUGGCCCUGGUGGGGCUCAGCUGCAUGUCCAUCUGCUCUCUGGGCUGUGAUCUGCCUCAGACCCAUGGCCUGGGUAACAGGAGGGCCCUGAGACUCCUGGCACAAAUGAGGAGAAUCUCUCCUCUCUCCUGCCUGGAGGACAGAAAUGACUUCAGAUUCCCCCAGGAGGAGUUUGAUGGCAACCAGUUCCAGAAGGCUCAAGCCAUCUCUGUCCUCCAUGAGAUGAUCCAGCAGAUCUUCAACCUCUUCAGCACAAAGGACUCAUCUGAUGCCUGGGAUCAGACCCUCCUAGACAAAUUCUGCACUGGACUCUAUCAGCAGCUGGAUGAGCUGGAAGCCUGUCUGAUGCAGGACGUGGGAGUGGAAGAGACUCCCGUGAUGAAUGAGGACUCCAUCCUGGCUGUGAGGAAAUACUUCCAAAGAAUCACUGUCUACCUGAAAGAGAAGAAAUACAGCCCUUGUGCCUGGGAGGUUGUCAGGGCAGAAAUCAUGAAAUCCAUCUCUUCAUCAGCAAACUUGCAAGAAAGAUUAAGGAGUGAGGAAUAAGACCUGGUCCAUCAAGGAAAUAUUCUCAUUGACUGAUACACCAUCUCACACUUUCAUGAGUUCUGCUGUUUCAAGACUCUCAUUUCUGCUAUAACCAUGAUGUGAAUUGAAUCAAGUGUUUCAAAUAUUUUUAGGAGUGUUAAGCAAGAUUGUCU